AUGGUGUCCCACGAUUUUCGGCCCGAUGCCGAUUCGCUUAAUAUUCUGGAGCGCCGGCAGCGGGUGUUGCGGCGUCUUGACGAUGGACACGCGGCCCUGUUGGAGGCGUUGGCGGAUUUGGGCGAAACGGAUGCUUUUCUGGGUUCCAGAUGGUCAGUUUGGGAAGUGAUGCAACAUCUUCUGACGGAGGAUUUCGUAGAUGCCCUGGAGCAGAUAGCAACGGGCGAGCGCGAAAUGCUGCCGGCAUUUGACGGGCGGGCCAACCGGAUUGCCAAUGACAUCGCUCGCCUGGAAGCCAACUACCAGCGUUUCCGACGCCUGUUAUCCGGAUUGACCGAGGAACAGUUGAACCGACCGGCGACGCCUCCCAACCCCGAGAACAAUUUCCCUGCCCUGUCAUUCCUGGACCUCGUGGAACGGGUUUCCGGCCACGAAGGUAACCAUGCUCGACAGGUCGUGGAAACCAGAAAAUACGUGGCCGCUUUCCGAUCCAUGGAGCGGGCUGUCACCGUCGCCGGUUUGGGAACCGGCGAUCCCGACGCGAUUCCUGAUCAAACCAGGCAGAUGCUGGCCAAUGCUGACUACGUGGUGGGUUCUGAGUCAGCAAUUUCGUUGGCUCGAAGAUGGAGUCGGGGAGUCGAACUGCCGAUGCGAUCCGACAAUGCGAAUGAACUCGUUAACCGGAUCGGUAGGGAUACCCGGGCCGGCCUGUGGACCAUGGUGGUCACGCUGGGCGAUCCGGCUGAAUCGGUACCGGGCCUUUUACAUCGAUUGCAAGAAGAAGUAGACGCGGUAUCGUUGAUUCCGGCGCCGGGGUUCUAUCGCCUGGUAUUGGCGCAGUUGGGCAUAUCGCCGCUGGCAGCAGUGUGCACUUCGGUCAACCAGGCCCGUGACGGCAACUUGCUGGAUUCGGUGACCGGCCGCGCCGUGGUGAUCCUCGGAGCUGAUGAAAGUGGCGCCUGGUCCGAAGUGUGCGAGAAAUUGCUGGGCCGAGGGGUAGCUGAGGACGCGAAGGUCAGCAUGUUGACGAAUUUAAUGGGGCACCCUGAAGUGGCGACGGGGAGUUUGUGUGAUCUUGCCAAGUCAACCAUGAUGAGUUCUCCUGCCACCGUGGACUCAGCAAUGGUGCUGUACUGA